GAUAAUGUAGCGGAUGAGAACCCACCUGGGAGAUCUUCAGCCCAACUCGCUCGGGAACGGUCGAUUCAUGACAUUCCUGCUGCUACAGACAAUAUUGAAGUUGAUGGCACCAGUAUACAAUCCGAAGCCGACCGCAGUGUUCAGCGAAACGAUGGUGUGGAUCCCAGCAAGAAUCUUCCAUCGUCAGAUGGCCCACUGCAAGGUUCUCUUACCCAACUGCUCCAGGGUAAUAUCGAAGCUUCUACGACCAAGUCCCAGCAAGAAAGCUUGCUUACCGCAUUUUAUGGACCUUAUGACAAAAGCGAAAAUGAUUGCACAAGUAACCAGCCCAAUAAACCUCAUCAAACAGUUGAGCCACACAAUACUGUUGACUCUAUGAACAACCUUCCACCACCAGACAAACAACAUGGCUCUGACAGCCACUCAAAAACCGAUUGCCCUACUCAUGCUGCUAACUGUUCUGAUGUGGAUGCGCAAGGAAUCACCGAUCCCAUUAUGUUUUCUCAAAUGUGUGAAGGCAUUGAAUAUGAUGGAACUGGAUGCCCCUCAUGUGAUGCAGACGCGCGUCUUAUUAAUGAGGUGCACCUUGAUGACCUAGGCCAUGAGCAUGAAGAAGAAGCUGAGAUAGCUCCAACUAACACUGAUGCAGAAAACUUGGGGGUGGGUGUGUCAGACGUAUUCACGGGCCAAAAGUUUGUCAAUGAGGCACAAAUCGAUGCAGAAGCUGCUGAUCACACAGAGCAGGUCUCAAAAGAUGGUCAUUUAUCUGUGGAUGCACCAAUAAUUACUGGUCAAGUCCCAGUUAACCAUGACAAUGAUGCUGAUCGCCAAAUUACUGUCCAUGAACCAAUUAGCCACACAGAACAGUGUACCACCGCAGAGCAAUUUCAGUUGGAAGAUGCCAACACACCUGAAUCCUUAGUAUCCUUCGGUCAGCCAACACAAGAAUGGGAAGUUAGCCAACAACUUCGAGAUGCUAAUAUUCACCCAGACAGAACCCCCCAUUUUGAUACUAGAGAGCCAUCCCACAAAGUGUGUAUUAGGAGUGGCAGUGAAAUCAUCAAAUUACCUCACACUGGAGCGGAGGCUCAACCUACCAACCUACAGCAGUCUGCCUCCACUGCACAACAGGCUGCCCACACUAUCCAGGUCUCUGAUGCAUCUGCUCUACAGCUGUCUCCCAGGCGCUCGGCGAGAUUUAAAAAAACAGAUGUUUCUACGGAAAAACAUACACUUGUUCGCACCGCCAAGAACAUGGAGAAGGACAAAACCAAUGUCCCAAGCUUUGUGAACCCCAACCAAUUCGGAGCUCCUGGAAAUGUUCUGCAAUGCGGUCAACUACCAGUUAUCGUAAAGAGGAUCAGGAAGAGACCAUUGAAGAUCAUUUCUCCAUUUAAAUUACAUCCUGUUAAGUCUACCAUUUCUCUCAACCACGCCCGAAAACUCCGUGACAUAGUAAUCAACGACCUUGAUCUCAAAAAGACUGGACUUCUUGCUUACGAACCUUCUAAGUUAUAUCUUACUGGCAUGGAUCUCGCAAAAAGCUUCGGCGAUGGGGCAUCAAUGCUACCCAGCUUGAUGGAAUACUACAUAGACAUUCUGCGUCACGAUGAGAUUAAAUUAAGGCCCACGUCGGCUGGGUACAGGAUGUUCCUUCGUUGGUCACUAUCGUUCCACCUUAAUGUCGAUGCUCGGCACGAGACGCAAUCCUUCAAUCCUACUUUCAUUGAGGCACUAUUAAAGGAAGACCUCGCGGAUAAAGACCCUCAAGAUGUUCGCAUGAUAUUAUGGGUAUCCCAUCAGGGCAGUCAUUUCUCAGUUUAUUGUGUGAAUCGUGUUCACAGACGGAUUGAC